AGGUGGGGCCUGGCUCGGUGAGCCGGCGUCCCCACCCUGGCAGCACCGCCCAGAUCUGGCAGAGCGGAGGCCGAACCCGGGCGGGUGGAAAGGCGGGGAGAAGCUGCGGGGCUGAAGGCGGGGCGGGCGGAUGCCAAGACGGCCAAUAGGCGGCUCUCCAGCGGCUGAACCGAGAGGGCAGGGGCGCCGCCACUAGCACCACCGCCUUGCAAGUUUCCCUUGUGGAUGCACGGCCCCGCGGCACCGCUCCUCCCGGCGCAGAGGGGCCGGGACAGGCCGGAGGAGCGGACUCGGGACGGGAUUUCUGAGGAAGGGGAGAGGACGGACGCCCAACCUGCUCUGGUGGGCCAGUGAACGAUGAAGGGCCGGCGGCGGCGGCGCCGAGAGUACUGCAAGUUCGCACUGCUGUUGGUGCUGUACACACUGGUGCUGCUGCUCGUCCCCUCCGUCCUGGACGGCGGCCGCGAUAGGAACAAGGGCGCCGGGCAUUGCCCUGGCCUGCAGCGCAGCCUGGGUGUGUGGAGCCUGGAGGCGGCGGCGGCCGGUGAACGCGAGCAGGGCGCGGAGGCGCGGCUCGCCACUGAAGGGGGAGCGGGCCAGUCCCCCAGUUCCCCGGGCAACCUCAGCGGCUCCAUCCCGGAGGCGGUGUCUCGAGAGAAGCAGCACAUCUAUGUACAUGCCACCUGGCGCACCGGCUCAUCCUUCCUGGGAGAGCUCUUUAAUCAGCACCCGGACGUUUUCUACUUGUACGAGCCCAUGUGGCAUCUAUGGCAGGCGCUGUAUCCGGGCGACGCCGAGAGCCUGCAGGGCGCGCUGCGAGACAUGCUGCGCUCGCUCUUCCGUUGUGACUUCUCGGUGUUGCGGCUGUACGCGCCGCCGGGGGACCCUGCAGCGCGCGCCCUGGACUCAGCCAAUCUCACCACGGCCGCCCUCUUCCGCUGGCGGACCAACAAGGUCAUCUGCUCGCCGCCGUUGUGCCCUGGCGCGCCUCGAGCCCGCACCGAGGUGGGCCUGGUUGAGGACACCGCCUGCGAGCGCAGCUGCCCACCCGUAGCGCUACGUGCCCUGGAGGCCGAGUGCCGCAAGUACCCGGUGGUGGUCAUCAAGGACGUGCGUCUGCUUGACCUGGGCGUGCUGGUGCCGCUGCUCCGUGACCCGGGCCUCAACCUGAAGGUGGUGCAGCUUUUCCGCGACCCGCGGGCUGUGCAUAACUCGCGCCUCAAGUCUAGGCAGGGGCUGCUGCGCGAGAGCAUUCAGGUGCUGCGCACCCGCCAGAGGGGCGACCGCUUCCACCGCGUGCUGCUAGCGCAUGGCGUGGGCGCUCGCCCCGGGGGCCAGUCCCGCGCGCUUCCCGCUGCGCCGCGCGCCGAUUUCUUCCUGACGGGCGCGCUGGAGGUGAUCUGCGAGGCCUGGCUGCGCGACCUGCUUUUCGCGCGCGGUGCGCCUGCGUGGCUGCGGCGCCGCUACCUGAGGCUGCGUUACGAGGACCUGGUGCGGCAGCCGCGCACGCAGCUGCGCCGCCUGCUGCGCUUCUCUGGGCUGCGCGCGCUCACCGCGCUCGACGCUUUUGCGCUCAACAUGACCCGCGGCGCAGCCUAUGGCGCUGACCGGCCUUUUCACCUGUCAGCGCGCGAUGCCCGGGAGGCCGUGCACGCCUGGCGCGAGCGCCUGAGCCGAGAACAGGUGCGCCAGGUGGAGGCCGCCUGCGCUCCAGCCAUGCGCCUGCUCGCCUACCCUCGCAGCGGAGAGGAGGGCGACGCGGAGCCGCCCAGGGAUGGGGAGACGCCGCUGGAGACGGAGGCCGACGGCGACACGUAGCCCUCCACUCCUGCCCCCAGGGCGGAUCCGAGUAAGGUCAGUCACCAUGAACCAGGGCACUCAGCAUGCUGCCCCAGCACUAGAGAAGCAGCACCGUGGAGGCAAUCUGUCACACUGUCA